GUGUGUGUAUAUGUGUGUGUAUAUGUGUGUGUAUAUGUGUGUGUAUAUGUGUGUGUGCUGUCUCUCACUCAAGUGCUGCCUUGUUGGGCAACCGGGGCAAUGGCCAUGGUCGAUGUGUGUGUGUGUUCUCAGGCACAUCUGUAUUUCAUGCUCUGAUGAGAUCUCGUGUACAGCUCAAAAGGUUAGUGGGACUAGAGCAGCAUAUGACCAUAUUAUAAUCCUUUUAUAAUCCUCUUUCAUGGCCACCAUAGGGACAUAUCCUUUUUAUACUGGUCGGUGUGGAGAACCACCGUGUCUCAUUACAGAAUUUGAGUUUGGCCGUUUUACAGGGAAGGAGGUGUUUGGAGGGGAACAUUGUACACUUCCCUUUAGUCCUUUAGAAAAAGCUUUUAUUCAAAGGGACUUAAAAGUGAGUGCAUUCUUCUUAAGAUGACUAGAUGGGACAACCACACAAGCCAGUAAUAGUAUGUAUCUGUCCACGCAGGGUGUCAUUUGUGGAGAUGACAUGUUUGGGGCUCUGGGUUUAUUCAAGAUACUCUUUGAAGAGUUACGAUUUCAGGUGUUUGCACUUCAGUUGGCGUUUAGGGUCUGAGCAUAGCCCGAAGGUAGGGAGAUAGGUCCCGUCUCUGAAAGGGCUUGAAUCGGGACCUGUGCUGCAAGUGAACGCGUUCUCUUCGAGGUGGACACCAACCUUGGGUCGCUUGAGCGAUGGAACUUUGUCAGCGCUCCAUCUGGCUGUCCGAGAGCUCAGCUGUGGUGGCACAUGUCUGAGUAAACACGCGACACAGUGUAAACCUCUGUUUUAGGUCACUCCACAUAAAGCUGGGAGGGAAGCAGUCAUUAACAUGCAAUGUAGACUCAUGCCUCCACUCUGAAAGGACGAGGACUACACUAGGAAAGACAGAAUAUUAUAGCCUGAUGUCAUUCGGCCUGUUCAGCUGUACUCAGAAUUGCAGCAUGUCUUCGUCAUUGCCGGAGUUGGCGGAAUGUGGCACUGUGUCUCCCAAAGAGAUGGAAUUUAAGUGUGUGGUCAAUUUCAUGUGACAUAUAGCUUUCAUUUUAGGCAUUUACGGGGGGAAAGCGACUGCCAGAUGUGCUUGAUUUAAGUGCAAGGUCUUAGUGCCUCUGUCAGGGCAGCUCUGGUAAUGAAGACAGACCUGAGGUGUUGAGGCAGUAUUUAGGUCAGGUCUUCCUCAGAUCUUCACAGUCUUGUCUUAAUUAACUUCCUACCUUAUCGUGCGGUGUCACAUUGCCGAGCCUUUUUUCCUUGAGCUUAACAAUUGACCUCAUUCACAAACUGAAUUCACAAUUCUGUAUAGGGCGUCCAUUGUUGAAUGGCUGUGCACAUAAUCCUGAAUAUAAGUUGUAUAUCAGUGACUGAAUGAAAAUAUAUUAUCUAAAUGUUAUCAGUUAUCUUAGAAAGCAACACAAUUCCAGAGCCUACCUGUCUCUUUGAUAAUGUUGGUACUGGCUGCAUUUUCACAUUUUGGCAGGAUGCCCUAAAACAUGCUAAACCCAGGAACACGAAGAUUAAAUUUCAGUUGGAAAUUCCUCUGGUUCAGAGGAGGGAGGGGAUUGUAGCAGGAGUGUCAGGUAAUGUGUCAAGUGCUGGAUGAAUGCUUUUGCUCUGAGGAAGAUUAAAACUGUUUUGAGAAUUAAAAAAAAGUGAGAACUAGAAAGAAAAGAGUUAAGACUUGAACCAGUCCUGAGUCUCUGAGGUCAUACUAGGCCACGGAGCAGAGAGCUGGCUCUGUCCAGUUAGUCUCCUAGGACAAGGCUUUGGUCUGACUGGUGUUUACCUGAGAUGCUUCCAUGGCAGCCCUCCAAGCCUGGUCCGGUGAAACCCAACCCCUACCUGGCCCCGGUGAAUGCCAAGCAGUGCCGAGCCGCACCCAUGAAGUGGGCCAGCCUCCCUGCUGAAGGGACUGAGGUCUGUCCUGUUUAACGGAGGUCUGUGAGGAUGAGGUGUUAAUGAGGGGGUUGUGCUAAUACAGUCCUUCAAUGCAUGUCUGCCCUAUUAUUACAUUGCAUUAACUUAGAUGACUCUGAAUAUCUAGUCCAAGUGGACAGAUACAGUUGAUAUAAUGGUUUAGGAUUAACUGUGAGCAUUUGUUUACUUAAGCUUUACCCUGGUUAAUCUCUUGAGUACUAUUUUGAUUCCGUUCGGUGGUUGUAAGAAGGGACAUUCCAGCGUCUUUGCAAUUCUAAACCUUGUCUUAUCCACCUAUAUAUUAUAAUUGUGAUUUUGAGUGGCAUUCAACCUGGCAGACAAUUCUUCUGAUCAUAGAAAGACAGGACACAAACCUAUAGAACCUACAGACACAUCUGCUCCAUAGCAAGCUGCUGGUCUCUAAGUGUUGGCCUCAUAGCUGGGGGAUGUUGGGGGCUUGUCCACAAACAGCUGUACAGUUCAUCUCUCCGCCCAGGGUUUACUGGGGAGUCAUUUUUCUAACGGCCUGUGUGGCCAUGACAGACAUUGCGUGAGGCUAACUUCUGGGCCGCGACGUCAUCAUCAUGUCUUACUGGAUAUGAAUAACCUGAAGAGACACUGUCACUCUCUGCCUCUGUACGUGUCCUCUAAACUCUCUGGUUGGCUCCAGUUGUUGUCUCUCUUGUGUUGUUGUGUGUGUCGUCUCUCAGGGUGUGUUCUGUGUCCACAGUACGGCAGAAGCCCCCUGCACCUGGCCUCCUACAAGGGCCACAGUGAGGUUGUGCGCAUUCUGCUGAAGGCCGGCUGUGACCUGGAUAUCCAGGACGAUGGUGAGCAGACAGCCUUACACCGGGCAGCAGUGGUGGGAAACAGUGACAUUAUUUCUGCCCUCAUCCAGGAAGGGUGUGCCUUGGACAGGCAGGACAAGGACGGCAACACUGCUCUGCACGAGGUCUCAUGGCACGGCUUCAGCCAGUCCGUCAAACUCCUCGUUAAGGCCGGCGCCAACGUUCACGCCAAGAACAAGGCGGGGAACACAGCCCUCCACCUGGCCUGUCAGAACGGCCACGCCCAGAGCUCCAGAGUUCUGCUGCUGGGGGGCUCCCAGCCUGACAGCAAGAACCACGUAGGGGACACGUGUUUGCACGUGGCGGCGCGCUACAACCACGUCCCCAUGAUCCGCAUCCUCCUGGGAGCCUUCUGCUCCGUGACAGAGAAGAACCAGGCCGGGGACACACCGUUGCAUGUAGCAGCUGCUCUGAAUCAUAAGAAAACAGUGAGGCUUCUGCUGGAGGCGGGAACAGACAGUAGCAUCCGCAACAACGCUGGCCAGUCUGCACUGGAUCAAGCCAGAGAAUACAGCAACCCAGACAUUGCUCUGCUCUUGACCAAAGCACCUCAAGUUCAGAGCUUCACCCGGGGCAGGAGUGUGAGGAAGAGGAGGGACAAGCUGAAGGCAGAGCGGCGAGCACAGUCUGUGCCCCGGGAUGAGAUGCUGCCCAGGAAGGACAGUGCGUCAGCCGCUGACGACACCCACAGCAGCGAGCGCGUCAAACACGAGGUGAUCGAGGCAAGCACCAGCAAGAACAAAACCAGGAAGCUCAAAGAGAAGCCCUCGCUUUCGGAACCCCUCCGUCGACGAGAGAACAAGCACGGAGAGAAGAGGUGGGGCAAGCUGCGUGGCUCCUCCCCCCAGCCGCCGAUCCCCCCUCACAACUACAAAGCCUAUCAACUGUACACUCUGUACAGAGGCAAGGAUGGCAAGAUCAUGCAGGCCCCUAUCAAUGGCUGUCGCUGCGAACCUCUGAUCAACAAGCUGGAGAACCAGCUGGAGGCCACCAAGGAGGAGAUGAAAAUGGAGAUCAACACAGUACAGGACCUGAUGAACAACAAGAUGGGACAGCUGGACCGGAGGAACAAACACCAGAUCCGUGCUCUGGAUAAGAUGAUAUUAGAGAGGGUGUCAGCGGAGAGGACGGAGUGCCUGCACAGGAUGGAACAGAGAGCCAUGCAGGAGAGAGAGGAGGGGGAAAGGAGACAGCAGGCAUCAGUGGUCAGCGAGCUGAAGAACUGGUGCCUGUCCAAGCUGCAGAACAUCGAGGUGCGUUUCGCCGGAGAUCCCGGCGGUGCCAGGCUCCAUCGCUCCUCGUCCCUGGCUGAAGGGCUGUGUGAGGCGGACCCGGAGGGUCUCACUGUGCUGUCAGCUGGGUUUUCUGGGGCCGGCGUCCACUGUCUGGCCCCACAUACCAGUGACGUUGCCGACCGGGACUCCAACGCAGUCACCACGGAGGACCCCUCGGCCAACCACUACUUUGUGGUUCAAGCGGACAGCUCUCCCGAAGGCGAUAAACAUCACAAGCCAGAGGACACCCCAUCCCCGAUUCCCGCCGUGUCCCUGUCGCCGACUCAAGUGGUGCGGCCCAAGGAGCGCUUGCCGGGCGCUACUGACCCCCAGAGGCCGGACCAGGAAUCGCAGGACGUGGCGCCGCUGGAGCUGGGACAGAGCGGCAGGAGCAGCAGGAGUAACCCCCGGUCCAGCAGCCUGUCCCCAGCCACAGGGCGCCACUGCAGCACCAGGAGGUACAAGGACCGCAACAGGGAGAGGGACGGGGAACACGGCAAGGACAAGGGUAGGCAUCACAAGAGGCAUUCCCAGGGCAGGACUAAGGCCAGGGGGGACAAGGCCGAGGGGAUCAAGACUCUAGAGGUGUUCGGGGAAAAAGCUGCAGAGGGAGGUGGCAAGGAAAGCUCCUUCGCUCAGGAGCGGGAGAACAUGCACGCCCUGGAGGUGACACAGUACUUCUUCGAGGCGGUGUCGACCCAGAUGGAGCGCUGGUACGAGAGGAAGAUCAAGGAGGCCAGGUGGCAGGCAGACCAGAGGGCCCAGGCGGACCGGGCCGCCCUACUGGAGAGAAUCACCUACCUGGAGGACGAGCUCGGCAUGCUCAGGACUAACAGGCAGAGCGACAGCUAGCACAGGCAAGCCUCAGAACAGAACCGCAAAGAUCAGACAACAUAAAAGAUAGCGCUGAAGUGAACCCACUAGUAGGCCUGAAGACUGGCAAAAUGAGUCCCUGGUCACGAACCACACGGACAGUAAAUGGUGGCAUAUGCAUCAGUGGUCAGUCAAUUGGUAAAGGUUAACAAAUAUAACUUGUUAAGGUAUGGCAGGAGUGUUCAUUCUGGCAGCUUUUUGGUCAUUUUUGUUUUAUCGGUCCACAACGCUGUCUGAUUGUACAUAUGUUGGAUGUAAGAGAUGGCCUGAAUACACCUUAUGUCAUAAAAACAAAUAACUACAAUUUGACACUAAAACGAUUUUUUGUCAUUUCAUUUUUUUUUUCAAUUAAAUAAUGCAUACCUCCCAUCAUUUGCACAAUCAAAAAGCGUUGUCCACCUACAUUAGGGUUGCAAUGUAACCCAAUGUAACCCAAACUAAGUAAAAACAAAUAAGUGAUGAAAUUAACACUGUAUGGCAGACCAAUUCUGCAUGUUUUCAUGUAAUUAUUUUCUUGUAUUAAUCUGGGUAGCUGCUGUGUUGAAGUCAACAGACCACUAGUUAGUUACAGUAGAUUUGUCAUGGAGACAUUGAGCUGGUCCAAGUACCACAAGGACAUAGUUUUAUACUGCCAAUGUGCCCAUAGUGUUGUUUAUUUAUGAGAAAGCCUGUUAAGAGAGAUUCUGGGGGUUUGCAUGUAGAAAAUAUAGGUCAUUCUUAGUGACACUGUUCAAUUCUAUCCGAUAAAACAGCACUGAAAGACCAUCUCUAGAAUAGAGUUAGCCAGGCUGCUUGAAAUAUCAGUAGAAUAAACUAGAGUAUGCUUUCUUAAUGGACUUACAAGGGCAACAGAAACUUAUGAGAAUACAGCCGAACAGUCUUAACUGAAAGAAACUUGAAACUUUAAUAACACUACUACUCACUUUUGCCACAACCCACUAUUGGACAUUUCUUUGAUAGCAACAUCUCCACAACCAGCUGUUCUAGCAAGAACAUUUUCACUCUGGAAAACAUGCUUUCUAUUCUUAAUGCUUUUCUCCAGGUCAAAAGGUAGGUAAGAUGUCCUAUUAAAUGUGUGUCAUACUUGUUUUCUCGCAAAAUAUACCUCAGUUCAUACCCCCCCAAUGCCAUCCGGAGCACUAAAAUGACUGACUGUUAAGAAGACCAUGUUUGCAUGAUGAAAAGCACACAUUCAUAAAAUACAACUGUGCAUAGUGUCAGAGAUCUGUGACAUUUGUUCUGUUGAUGUGAGGUCACUGUACAUUGGUGUCUUUGUUGAUAUACCUUCAGUGUAAUAAUUAAGUCUGUAACUAAAUGGUCUAAUGUAUUUUGUAAAGAAAUAAACUACAACAUGGUUUUAUGUUUUA